UCGCUUCGAUGACAGCGCGAGAUCGCGCCCGUUUGUGGAAUGUUCUGGCUGCUCGCUCUACGGCUAGCAUGAGAGACGGAGACGCCGUCUAAUGUUUUGUUUGAUUUAAAAUAAAUAAAUCAUUGAUUGAUACUAAAAAAUGAUGGCAUUGACACCUCUUGUUUACUGGGCUCAACGCCACGAAGAAAUCUACCUCCGCGUGGAACUGGCUGACGCUCAGAAUAUUGAGGCCCAUGUGCAUGAAAACAUCCUUCACUUUCAAGCUCUUGGCCACGGUGCGAGGGGUCAAAACCUGUACGAAUUCAGCAUGGAGUUUCUUUUACCUGUAAAAUCACAGGUCGCUUUCAAGUCCACUCAACGGCAGGUGAACAUCACUGUGAGGAAAAACCAGCGAGGCUGGUGGGAAAGGUUGACCAAGCGGGAACGCAAGCCACUUUUCUUGGCUCCCGACUUCGACCGCUGGCUUGACGAGUCGGACGCCGAGAGGGAAAUCAGGGAGAAGGAGGAGAGAAGAAACAAGUGGAAAGCUUCACGGCACAACGAAAAAGGCUUCAUCAGUCUGAAAACGGGAUUUUUGUUCACCUACAACUUGGUGCAGUUUCUCGGCUUUUCCUGGAUCUUUGUCAACAUGACCAUUCGCCUCCUUAAAUUUGGUCAAGAUUCCGUCUACGACACGUUUCACACCAUAUCUGGAGUCAUGUUCUUCUGCCAGAUUUUGGCGGCCGUCGAGGUCCUCAACGCCGCUUUCGGGCUGGUCAGAACGGGUGUGAUCCCGACUCUUAUACAGGUUUUGGGAAGGAAUUUUGUCCUCUUUAUCAUAUUUGGUUGCUUGGAAGAAAUGCAGAAUAAGCCGGCGGUAUUCUUUGUUUUCUACCUGUGGAGUGCCAUUGAAAUAUUCAGGUAUCCAUUCUACAUGCUGGUCUGCUUCAACACCGAGUGGAAAAUCCUGACGUGGUUGCGCUACUCCCUCUGGAUGCCCCUUUACCCGUUAGGCGCUCUGGCCGAGGCCGUGGCUAUCGUACAGUCCGUUCCCAUCUUUGACAAAAGCGACCUGUUCAGCAUUCCGCUGCCAAAAGCCAUCGGCACAUCCCUGAGGUUCGCCUACUUUCUGCGCGCGUACCUCGUGCUCAUGUUUCUAGGACUUUUCGUGAACUUCCGUCAUCUCUACAAGCAAAGGCAGAGGCGCUUCCGCACCAAGAAGAAGGCUCAUUAAUGCAUCGUUCCGCCAUCCUUUCUCCUCAACAUUUCCUCGAGGUGCUCUCGUUUUACAGGCACCUUUUGUUGUUUACUAAAUCCGCUUUGUCCGCUUCCCUUGUGGGUCCAAAUAUAAUUUUUACUACAA